AUGCCGGGGGAGGAGGAGGAGAGGGCCUUCCUGGCGGCCCGCGAGGAGCUGGCGAGCGCCCUGAGGAAGGAUUCCGGGCAGGUGUUUUCCCUGGAGCAACUCCAGCCGCUACUGGUCACGUCUUUACCGCCAGCAGCCCGUUACCUGCAGCUGGACGCCGCACGCCUGGUCCGCUGCAAUGCUCUUGGGGAGCCCCGAAACUACCUCAACACCCUGUCCACGGCCCUGAACAUCCUGGAGAAAUACGGCCGCAACCUCCUCAGCCCUCAGCGGCCCCGGUACUGGCGCGGGGUCAAGUUUAAUAACCCUGUCUUUCGCAGUACGGUGGAUGCUGUUCAGGGGGGCCGGGAUGUUCUGCGAUUAUACGGCUACACUGAGGAGCAGCCAGAUGGGUUGAGUUUCCCUGAGGGGCAGAAGGAGCCAGAUGAGCAUCAAGUCGCUACAGUCACACUGGAAGUACUGCUGCUUCGGACAGAGCUCAGCCUGUUGUUACAGAAUACUCACCCAAGACAACAAGCACUGGAGCAGCUGCUGGAAGAAAAGGUUGAAGAUGAUGUAAAAAAGAUACUGAAGCUCUCUGAGUUUGCCCCCUUGCUGAGAGAGAUUGCUCCUGGCCCCCUCAACACGCCCUCUGCCCCAGGCUCCACUCCUGGUCCCUGCUUCCUUUGUGGCUCUGCGCCAGGCACACUGCACUGUUCAACUUGUAAACAGGCCUUGUGCCCGGCUUGUGAUCGUCUAUUCCAUGGACACCCAUCCCGUGCCCAUCACCUCCGCCAGACCCUGCCUGGGGCCCCACAGACCACCUGCCUGACCCCCAGCUUACCUGCCUCAGCAUCACCACGGCCUCAGUCAGCCUCCUUGCUGGCCCUGGGAGACAGCUCUCUCGUGCUUCCCCUGAAAGCUUCCUCUGAUCCUGCAAAUGCCCGUCUGCCCUGGCACUGUGCUGCCUGUGCCAUGCUAAAUGAAUCUUGGGCAGUGCUCUGUGUGGCCUGUGAUCGGCCCCGAGGCUGUAAGGGGUUGGGGCUGACAAUGGAGGGUUCCCAAGGAGCUGGGGGCCUAGAAUCUGAACUUGCACGGGGUCGGUGGGCCUGCCAAAGCUGCACCUUUGAGAAUGAGGCGGCAGCUGUGCUGUGUGCCAUAUGUGAGCGACCUCGGCUGGCUCAGCCUCCUAGCUUGGUGGUGGAUUCUCGGGAUACUGGCAUUUGCCUGCAGCCCCUUCAGCAGGGGGAUACUUUGCUCUCCUCUGCCCAGAGUCCAGUCUGGUACUGUAUCCACUGUACCUUCUGCAACUCUGGCCCUGGCUGGGUGUGUGCUAUGUGCAAUCGGACCAGCAGCCCCAUCCCAGUACCGCACGCCCCCCAGCCCCAGGCCAGCUCUUUGGAAGAGCAACUCCCUGAGCCAGGGCCUCCACGACGCCUCAGUGCCCCCCUGCCCAGUUCCUGUGGGGACCCUGAGAAGCAGCGUCAAGACAAGAUGCGUGAGGAAGGUCUCCAACUAGUGAUCAAGAUCCGGGAAGGGGAAGCUGCAGGUGCCUGUCCAGAGGAGGUUUUCUCGGCUCUACAGUACUCAGGCACUGAGGUGCCCCUGCAGUGGUUGCGCUCAGAGCUGCCCUACGUGCUGGAGAUGGUGGCCGAGCUGGCUGCACAGCAGGACCCGGGCCUGGGUGCCUUUUCCUGUCAGGAAGCCCGGAAAGCCUGGUUGGAUCGUCAUGGCAAUCUUGAUGAAGCUGUGGAAGAGUGUGUGAGGGCCCGGCGCAGGAAGGUGCAGGAGCUCCGGUCCCUGGGCUUUGGGCCUGAAGAGGGGUCUCUUCAAGCAUUGUUCCAACAUGGUGGUGAUGUAGCACGGGCCCUGACUGAGCUACAGCGCCAGCGCCUAGAGCCCUUCCAUCAGCGUCUCUGGGACAAGGGCCCUGAUCCCACCCCUUCCUGGGAUGGGCCAGACAAGCAGAGUCUGGUCAGACGGCUUUUGGCAGUCUAUGCGCUCCCCAGCUGGGGUCGGGCAGAAUUGGCACUGUCACUGCUGCAGGAGACACCCAGGAACUAUGAGCUGGGCGAUGUGGUGGAAGCUGUGAGGCACAGCCAGGACCGGGCCUUCCUGCGCCGCUUGCUGGCCCAGGAGUGUGCUGUGUGUGGCUGGACCCUGCCUCGCAACCGGAUGCAGGCCCUGACUUCCUGUGAGUGCACCAUCUGUCCUGACUGCUUUCGCCAGCACUUCACCAUCGCCUUGAAGGAGAAGCACAUCACAGACAUGGUGUGCCCUGCCUGUGGCCGCCCUGACCUCACCGAUGACACACAGUUGCUCAGCUACUUCUCUACCCUUGACAUUCAGCUUCGGGAGAGCCUGGAGCCAGAUGCCUAUGCACUAUUUCACAAGAAGCUGACUGAGGGUGUGCUGAUGCGAGACCCCAAGUUCUUGUGGUGUGCCCAAUGCUCCUUUGGCUUCAUAUAUGAACGAGAGCAGCUGGAGGCGACAUGUCCCCAGUGUCACCAGACCUUCUGUGUGCGCUGUAAGCGCCAGUGGGAGGAGCAGCACCGAGGCCGGAGCUGUGAGGAUUUCCAGAACUGGAAACGCACCAACGACCCAGAGUACCAGGCCCAGGGCCUGGCCAUGUAUCUUCAGGAGAACGGCAUUGAUUGCCCCAAGUGCAAGUUCUCGUACGCUCUGGCCCGAGGAGGCUGCAUGCACUUUCACUGCACCCAGUGCCGCCACCAGUUCUGCAGUGGCUGCUACAAUGCCUUUUACGCCAAGAAUAAAUGUCCAGACCCUAACUGCAGGGUGAAAAAGUCCCUACAUGGCCACCACCCACGAGACUGCCUCUUCUACCUGCGGGACUGGACUGCUCUCCGGCUUCAGAAGCUGUUACAGGACAAUAAUGUCAUGUUCAACACAGAGCCCCCAGCAGGAGCCCGGGCAGUUCCUGGUGGUGGCUGCCGAGUGAUGGAGCAGAAGGAGGUUCCUAAUGGGUUCCGGGAUGAAGCCUGUGGCAAGGAGACUCCAGCUGGCCAUGCUGGCCUCUGCCAGGCACACUACAAAGAGUAUCUUGUGAGUCUCAUCAAUGCCCACUCACUGGACCCAGCCACCCUGUAUGAGGUGGAGGAGCUGGAGACGGCUGCUGAGCGCUACCUGCAUGUGCGCCCUCAGCCAGCAGCUGGGGAAGAUGCCCCUGCCUACCACGCCCGCCUGUUACAGAAGCUGAUGGAAGAAGUGCCCUUGGGACAAAGUAUCCCUCGCAGGAGGAAGUAGCUGAGGGCAAGGAUCCUCUUGAAGGUCUCAUGGCCCAGCCUCCUCAGGAACAGCUCCAGCACCAAUAAAGAGGCAUCUCCUUG